AGCCGCUGUAUAGAAUCAUCUACAGAAGUGUUUAGUCGCAUCACAAUGUACGCGCUUGUGUGUUUAAGUCUCCUAGCUUGCGCCCUUGCGGCACCCCAAUACUAUUUCAGACCACCACCGCCGCCGCCUCCGCCGCCACACCAUCACCACCACCAUCAUGAACACUACCACGGCUCCGACUUGGACGACUUCAUGACCGAUGAUGUUUUCGACACCGGAAGAUUCUUCAAAGAUUUCAACAGAGAAAUGGAACAGCUAGAAAAGGCGAUAGAAGAACUCGUGAAACACUUCCCCAGUCAAGCGACAUCUGGUCUUCAAGGAAACCAAUACAAAAUCAACAUAAACCUCAAUGGUUUCGACGAGAAGGAGAUCUCCGUUAAAGCUAGGGAAGGCUUAGUGAUGGUUCAGGCCGUUCACAAGACUGAAGAAGGCGCUGAGAGGAGCUACUUGGACGUAAGGACGCUUCCAUCUUUCGUUAAAACUGAGAGCGGCAGCUGGACUUACGUUGAAGACCUUUUGAAGAUUGUGUUUGAUGUUAAAGAGGGUGCGGGUACAACUGAAGAUGCGGGAACCACCAACGCUGUUGAAGUGACUCAGGCCCCUGAUCGCGAGGAGAUGGAGAGCCACGAGAAUGACAACACGGAUCAGGAUGCUGACGUUGGCGCGCGAGGAGACACCGAACUUAUUACCAACGAGAUCCCUAAGGGAGAGGAGACGGUGGAAGCUACCACGUACGCGGUUGCCAUUAAUAAUGAGGUAGAGUUUGUGCCUGUGCGCUUGAAUCCAAUCAAGCAAUAAUUUAAAAUAUAUUUAAAAUAGCUUGCAUCUUUAUUGAACAGAAUGACUUAAUUUUCUGAAAAUCGAAACCAAAAAAGAUGCAGCGUGGCGUAUUUAUAAAUGUAUGACAAAGAAAAGUGCUUUAAGUUAUUAAAUGUAAAUAAAAAAUAAAAUAUGCCUAGAGCUAGACAACGAUAAGUCUGCAACGAUUUUAAUUGCACACGCAGUGCAUGUGUUAUUUUAAACAUCAAAUUUCUAUGAAAUUAUGACGCAUAAAUAACACUUGCAUUGGGUGUACUAUCAAAUUCUUUGCAGACUUAUUUUGGUCCGACUCUAUUUACUUAUUUUUA